UGCCUAUAGCAACGCACAGUAAGAAACCCGUCCUUCGUCCUAGUCUCAGCACGUCCGACGUGUUGAGUCUUGUCCGCCAAUGACGAGACAGGGGGCGUUGAGGGAGGUUGGGUAUUCGUCCCUGUCCGUCAACAGGCGUUCGGCUGGCGGUACAGCUCGGAUGGAGCUCUGUGAUUUGUAUGUUGAUCCUACAGCUGGGGCAGUGAUCCUAUGUGGAGAGGAGAGUGGGUCCGUCAACUUACCGGCACAACAUUAAGUUUAUUGCGAUAUAUUUUUCUGUUGCUGACUGAAAUUUCGCAGAUGAACCUUUACGUGGGCAUACGAUUGUGCGCUCUUAAUGCUGAACAUCAUCUGCUUGUCAUGUUGUAUUUGUGGCCGAGAAGGGGUGGCAUGAAGAACCAGCCUUAAGAACAUGGAUGAGAUCUAUGUAUGUUGCUUAUUGUUAUGAGUUUUCUGAAAAGCAAAUUUAAAGAUGGAUGAGUCUGCUUUGCUGGACCUACUGGAGUGCCCAGUUUGCUUUGAGAGACUUGAUGCCACUGCAAAGGUACUGCCUUGCCAACACACAUUCUGCAAACGAUGUUUGUUGGGGAUACUUACGUCUCGCAGUGAGCUGCGAUGCCCAGAGUGCAGAACUUUGGUUGAGUGUAGUGUUGAAGAAUUGCCCAGCAAUAUCUUACUUGUGCGUUUGCUUGAUGGCAUUCGUCAAAGACCACGGCGAUCUGGUUUUGCUGGUGGCAGUGGGAGCAGCAACACUGCUUCUCUGAGGAUUCCAAACAACACUGCUGGAAGUUGUGGCAUGAGGGAUGCUCAAAGUUCUCAGAAUAUAGGACAGCUUCAGAGAAUUCAGACGAGGAGUCCACCAGUGAAGGGCAUACCUCAGUUACCAUGUGCCAAAGCGUUGCACAACUACGAAGGAAAGGAACCAGGAGAUCUCAAGCUCAACAAAGGUGACAUUGUUAUACUGCGACGACAAGUGGAUGAAAACUGGUACCACGGAGAAGUCAAUGGUGUCCAUGGCUUUUUUCCCACCAAUUUUGUUCAGGUCAUUAAACCUUUACCUCAGCCACCACCUCAGUGCAAAGCACUUUAUGAUUUUGAAGUGAAGGACAAAGAAGCUGACAAAGACUGUUUGCCCUUUUCAAAGGAUGACAUACUGACUGUAAUACGUCGAGUUGAUGAAAACUGGGCUGAAGGGAUGCUGGGAGAUAAAAUUGGAAUUUUUCCUAUCUCAUAUGUAGAGUUUAAUUCUGCAGCCAAGCAGCUGAUAGAUUUGGAUAAGCCUUUAAAUGCUGGACACUCAGAAGAGGGUAUCUCAGGGGCAGCUUCGAACAACUCAACACAGAAGUCAAGUGACACCAAGAAGAAUACCAAAAAGCGGCACUCUUUUACCUCCUUGACCAUGUCCAGUAAGUCUUCCCAGUCUACCCAGAACCGGCACUCAAUGGAGAUCAGUGCUCCAGUCCUUAUAAGCUCUAGCAAUCCCACUGCUGCAGCUCGAAUAAGUGAAAUUACUGGUGUUUCUGGGAGCUCUCCAUCUCAGGUACAUAUUGGAACCACAGGGCUGAUUGUGACUCCACAUCCCAGCAGCCCCGUCAACACUGUAACUUCUUUUACAUUUCCAUCAGAUACCACAUAUUGUGCUAUCCAGAGGGAUGUUCAGCCCCCUCCUACACCACCUCUUCCUUUGGCUGCUGCUGCUGCUGUUGUGUCUUCGUCUCCACCUGCAGCUUCUCCUGUAGGGCCUAGCCAGAGACCUGCCUCAGGAUCGGGAGAUCAGUCAUUGCAAUCACGGUCUCAGACUCGUCCAAGUGUCUAUGUUGCUCUUUAUCCUUACACCCCGCGAAAAGAUGACGAGUUGGAGCUUCGAAAGGGAUAUACAUAUUUGGUACUUGAACGUUGCCAAGAUGGCUGGUUUAAGGGAGCCUCCAUGCUUACAAGCAAGAUUGGUGUUUUUCCAGGCAAUUAUGUCAUUCCAGUAACAAGGGCCCUUACAAAUUCCACUCAAUCAAAGGUUCCCAUGGCUGUUGCUACUCAGCUUGGAAAAGGAGUGACCUUGGUCAGUCCUUCGAAUGCAGGAGGACAUCAGGCAAAGCAUGCAGGCAAUGGGACAGAUUUCAUUAAGACAAAUGCAGGGGUUGCUGCUGCAACUAUUCCAGCCAACAACUCACAAGCCAAGGUUCUUUUACAUAUGACUGGCCAGAUGACCGUUAACCAGGCUCGUAGUGCUGUUAAAACAGCUGCAGCACACUACCAAGAGAGACCUAUGGCAUCAGUGACUCCUAUCCAGAUGCAGAACCCAGCUUCACAAACUCCAACAGCUUUGAUUGCCCCUCAGCUGUCUUCAGCUUCGCAACAACUUCAGUCUCCACCUGUACCUUCUACUGUUUGUUCUGCUGCAGCCACUGUAGGCAGACACAAUGCAGUGCCUAUUCCUGCACCUGCUUCUCCGACGGUUUCCAGUGCCAGUGUGACAGUAGCAGAUGGUGACAUUAGCGGACGGACCAUGGCUGUACUCCCAGGAGUUCCAGUUGCUACAGACAGUAUUUUACAAAUAGGAAACUGUGCUGCAGCCAGCAGGCUAGACAGGGAUAAGAGGGAAAAGAAAAGUUUGUUAAAGCUGCUCUCUGGGGCCUCAACAAAAAGAAAACCUCGCACUUCCCCUCCAUCAUCACCAACACUGGAAUCUGAGCAAGCAGCAGCCGAGAUGGCUUUACAGGGUGCUUUUGGUCCUGAUGUCCCUUCAGCCAUUAACCAUGGAAGAGCUGUCACAUGCACUAUGGACACUGAUGGGUUUAUCGCACCUGGAAAUGAUAUUCUUAGUCAGAAACCAGGUUCCUUGGACUAUAAUGUUCCAGUAGCUCCUCCUCCAAGACAGCCCUGCUCAUCAUUGAACACUGGCCAGAACGACUCAAGACCAAUUAUUUGUGAAAGGUACAGAGUUGUAGUAUCCUAUCCUCCACAAAGUGAGGCAGAGCUGGAACUGAAAGAAGGGGACAUUGUUUUUGUGCACAAAAAACGUGAGGAUGGCUGGUUCAAGGGUACACUACAGCGAAAUGGAAAAACUGGCCUUUUCCCUGGCAGUUUUGUGGAAAGCACAUGAAAAGACUUGAACUAUGUUGCACACUAAAUUCAUGGUAUACGGCACAAGAAGUCUAACAUGUUACUGAACUUUAAGAGCAAAAUAAAUUUUGAACUCUGCAGCACAAUUACACCAGCAACAAGUAGAGAGAAAUAACUGAUUCUUUCGAGACUUAAUGUGUAAUUGGUGCCUUUUACUGUUCGUACAUAAUGUGGAAUGAACUGCCUUUCUCUUCCAAAUAUCUGAACAAAAACAUUAGUUGUUUACAAAUAUGUAGCUAGUAACUUAUUGGAGUUUUAAACUUUACUUCAUCUUGUAAUAGUACAAUCUUAAGGGUAACGACUUUGAAAUUAAUUUAUAAAGUGUUGCGCGUGGAGAAGCUGGAUUAUCUCCUGAAGAGCUCUUACCUCUGAUAGAGCCGUCUCUUUUUCUCCCACUUGCUUGGGUACUUGGACUGUGUGUUUAUGGGAUUGUGCUGUGCGUAUAGGAUGAUGAAUAUGGUAGCAGAGUUUUUCUGAAGGCAUUUUGUGUUUUCUGGUGUUAAGCAGUAGUAUCAAUUGUCUAUGGUACACUUUUUCUAAAUUAAUCCAUUAAGGUGUCUGCAGCACAUCAUUAAAAAACAUUCCUUUUUCUGUGCAAUGUUGGUUAGUUCACAUUUUUUAGGAAUUGUUGGUUUCCUGGAAUUUUUUUUCUUUACAUCAGAGAAUCUUCAGGGCCGUCAGUAAUUUAAAAAGAAAAGAUAUUUAACAAAUCAUUUGAAUUUAAUGGUUCCAUUUGUCUCUGUGAGCUUCUGAUUUUGAGAUGUUUGUGCAUACAUCUAAACUGUAUAUUGUUAAAAUCUAUUUAGUUUUCCUCAGAAAAACUUGCAUUACUUUCCCUGCUGCAAGUUUAUAUUUUAGAAGUCAUUAUGUGGCCUGUGCUUCUUGAUUGGCUGCUGGCUCAGUUACAAGUCUGAUCAUUUUGACAUGCUUUUAAAACUGUAUGUUUAUAGCAUGUAUGCAAGGUGUUACAUAGUUUGUAAGCUGAAUCUAAUCACAGUACAUAAUGGAUUAAACAACAAGUCUUAGAUUUUUUUUUGUUGUUGAAAAGCACAACACUGGGUUUGUGGGGAUUUCAGCAUGUACAAACCUAAUAUUUCAGUAUUCCUUUUCAGAAUUAAGUGUUUGUCGUACUCAUUUUAUUAUCAGAGUUCUGAUGAUGUGAUUUAGUUUAAAGACUGCAAUACAGUAUUUUUUCUGAUGCAUCAGAAUGGUUUCACAUCUUGGCAAGUAAACCUGUACCCAAAGGUAUAGUCUUGUUUAACAGAAUGCUGAGAGGCUCAGCAAACCAUUGUGGGACUUCUUGCCAGAGAACAUGGAGAAUUUCUGCAGCAUCUAUACUAAAGCAGUUCUUGUGGAUACAGUUUCUAGAAAGGACUUUUUGCACAAAUAUUAAUUUUAGUGUGGAUAACAACUGCUGCAGAGGCUGUUUAACAGUUUAAUUCACUGUAAUUUCUGUUACAGUCUUUACAAAAGGACCUCAGAAAGACAUGGUUUAGUUUGUUCAGAGUGAAUAAAAAUGCAAAGUAAGAUGUUGGAGGUUAUCACAGUUGCAUCAUGGGCCGUGUUCUUCGAACUCAAGGUCAUUAUGAAAGAUUCUCCAGUAGAGUCUGAUAGGUGUUGUCUUUUUACCUGUCAUUUGCAUGUGUCAGCUAAGGUGUAAUAGUGACCUCUACAUUCUGACCUGUCAUGUGGCCUUACUCCCACUUCCAAGUUUUAACCUUGUUUAUGCUACAAAAAAAACGUUUCUUUGUUAUUGUAAAUCUCUUGUCCAUUAUGUAGUUUGGCUUAAGAAAUCUUUAGAGUCCCACAGGAAGAAUCAGAAAAUAAGCUAUUCAGCUUGGUUCCAUUUUCUGUACGAGUAUGUCCUUGUCUGCUUCACUGUCAGCUUUUCAGCUUUUAAAGUCAGCUGGAUCAGUACUUGCACAAGUGCCAUCUAAUUUAAAGCCUCCAUGACACUGAUUUCAUAUCCACUUGCCACUUUUCUUUUGUCAGCAAGCAGUCUUGUUAGGUUGUCAGUUUUCCAAGGUGCAAGGAGAUCAGUUUCUUAAUGUAGGUGGUAACCUCAUAAACAGAGGUAAUAAUUCUACAUUAUGCCUGCUUUCCAGGCAGCAGGUCUUUCAUGUAAAAGAUUUGCUUACUAGUGUGGCUAUAAUCCUUGUAUAUCAGUUCAGUAGUGCAGAGUAACAUUCACAAUAUGUUCCAUUGCUCUACUCCAGGAGCUCGACAGGUAGCCACACAAACCUCCCAAAUUCUGAACCAUUUGACAUCUAGAUCAAGAUUUCCACCCUUAUGUCAUCCUUCUGGGAAAGAUGUGUAGGAGGAAUUGGAGUAAACCUUUGCAACUGUUUCAGACAACUCUACCAUGUGCUAAUUUAUAGCAGUCUGAGAUGAGCAUGUUUCAGUUUUCAUUGGAGGACCCUCACCACAGAAGUACAGCCUUAGUGUUCUAGAUGGAAUUUUUCUUAGUGGGCUUGCAGAUUACUUAUUGUAGUAUAUUCAUAAUUCGGGUGCAUUCAAUUUGAAAAGAGUGCAUAAUUGUGGAUCCAAGCAAGGGCACAUUCACAUCUCAGUAUGUAGGGAUGCCGUGGUUCUACGUCCCUUUGUAACCUUUCCCAUCAAAACAGUUCAAUGUUCUUUAAUGCACUUGCAAACAAAGCACUUUAGUGUCAAGCACUGCGUCAGGAAACUGGAAAACUUGGAGCUGGGUUCUCUGCCAUAGUCUUGCUCAGCUGCAGCCAAUUGCGUUUGCUAUAGAACAUUGUUUAAGUUGCCCAUUUACAACAUGUCAUCUGUUAGCUGCCUCUGGCAUUUUAAGAAAGGCCUUUAUGAAGUGAUGGUAAUUUGAAUUUAAUAUUUUCUGUUUUGUUUCUCCAUGAAGUGUAGAAUUGAAUUUCUGCUCACUUUUGAGUUAUCCAUGAUAUGAAGUACAUUGCCGUAUUUUUGGGAAUGAAAAAGCUUUCAUUAUGUCUUAAUUUUCUGCCAGUUGAGAGGGUCAUAAAAGAAACCAUAUGGAAGGAUCUAGGAGGACCUGUUUAACUUCCCCUUGACAUUGUUAGGUUUGAUUUCUAUUUCUUGAACAGCCUUCUGAGGUAGCCUUGUAACAGUUGGUUUUGCUACAAAUUGUGAUCAGUAAGGAGUCUUUGGGCAUGCUUGACUGGUAGACUAUUGCUGUUAAUAGGUCUGCAAUUUAUCAAGGUGACCAUAGCCAUGGUAAUAGAUGUAUGAUAUCUGUGAAGAUUACGUAUAACAAAUUAAGAAAGCUGUUUUUCUGACCAAGAAUGAGGGAGUCCCCCGUCAUUGCAUGACCAACCAGGCUUUAAAACUGACAUUUCUGCCAUACUCUGGCAUACAGCAUUCCUCAUUUAGAAUGCACUGUUCCAUCAUGUUAGUCUUUAAUAUUGUGGUGCUCAGUGCUGGCAUGUACUUUCCUCGACCAGUUCACAACAACACCCAAACCACUGUCUGGUUCCAGUUUGGGAUUUCAGAUGUGUUUUGAAAAAUGAAGCUUGUGAGGAAAGGCUGCUGUGUUAGGUUAGUGAUGUAUCAGAUCUCUGAGUGGUUCCAUGGUUAAAGUUCCAUACAUGAGUGCUCAUCACCCAGAAGAGUAGUCACUAAAUAUCAAACUGACAGUGAAACAGCACUGAUGAAAACUUGCUCUCUCUCUCUUAAAUCUUUUAUUGUAUGAGAGGUUGGUGCAUCCUCCCCCCAUUGUGGAGACUGCCCCCCCAUAUUACCCCUACUCUUUAAAUAUACUAACUCCAAGACUACUGUAUCCCUGUAAAAGGUGGAAUAUGUUAGAUGACACUGUCUCAUUCUUUAAAAAAAUCCACCAUCUCACACAUUUUGUGAUCACUCAGAGUGUCUAUCGCAAGUGACUCUCAGUUAAUCCUGGCACCACCUCUGAGUAUUUGAAUCCACAGGGUCUGUGCGUAUGGCUAACACAGAAUGUAACAUCUUGCUACAUGUAUAGCAGAUAAUGUCACUGGUAGAGGAUGUGUGUCUGCUGUGCUUGCUUAGGCGUCCUCAUUUAUGUUGCAGAAUCUGUACAGCCACUGAUACUUCUACCAGUCUGUAGAUUCUGUGCAGGAACUAGUGUCUCUGGUAUAUAGAACACUAUUGUUUCAGCAUUCCUGGUAUUUAUUCCAUAUGUAGCCUUAUAAACAAAUAGCUGGAAAGACUGCAGACAUUAUACGUAGAUCACAAAAAUGAUUUCAGGUUUUCUCGAUGUUCUCAUGCUUUUCAGUUGAUUAGUGUACUGUUCUGGCAGUAUAGCAUAUUCUGCAAUUUUUUUCUUUUAGGCUAGGUGAAUUGUCUGCAUCCACCCUUCUGCCUCUCUCUCUCCAUAUUUCCCCUGUGUCACUUGUUUAACAUCGUCACAGUGGAAGGAAUUAGAAGAAUGCAGUGGUCCUUGUGCCUUUCUGUAUUAACUUGUCAUUGUCAGACAUACUGAUUUUGAUGUGGUGUUAAUCUUGUAUGCAUUGCUGUUAUUGGGGCUUCCUCGUUACAUUCACCCUGAUUGUCAUUGAAAGGCAGAUCCCAGAGUCUUUUUGUUUUGUUACAUCAUAAUCUCAGUACUGAAUCUGUGGCAUUCACAACCACGAUAAAAAACAUUGUGUGAGAAAAUGACUUCAGCUGAACAGGAGAUGCAAAAAGCUGCUUUACUUUUUCAGCUGAAAAGAUUUUCUCACAUUUAAUUUUCCUUGUGAUUUUCGGUUUUAGGUAGUUGCAGUUCAACCUGCCAGUAGUCAGGAGUGGAACACUUGACUGGACAUAAUCAGGUAUUAAUGAGUUAAACGAGGCACGCAGAGUCUUUUUACCCUACAUUACAACUUUUAAUAUUUCCUCUUUUAUAUUUACCAACUGAAGUACUGCUAAAGUCUUCUUCUUUACAUGUUUUUUUUUUUUACUAUUAAAAAUUUAAGUGUACAUGCUGUGGAGCUUUUCUUCCGGGGCCAUUGCUAAAAAGGGGUCAUCAGCUCAGCUAGACAAACCCGGUCAACAAAUGUAAAAUAAAUAAAUAAUGAUUUGCUUUUAUUUUGGUGACCCACAGCUGCAUGGGCAGCCCCAUAAAAACACUGCUGAAAAAUCUUCCAUGGGUAUCUUGCAUGACACCGUAGUUUUAACUGCUAUGGCUCUGUGGCUGACAUUCUCUUGAAGGCCAUGCUUUAAGCAUUUAGGUUAAUAUUAGUAGCACAGUGUUUUCUUAAUGGUGUAGGGGAUCCAUUUUAUGCAACAAAUGUAUAUUCAUUUUAUUCCAUGUUGAAAGGAAGGUUUGAAUGCCCUAGGCAGUGUAUGAAUUUAAAUAUUGUUAGUAAAGACAAACUCAUUAGCUGUUUUAAGUGCUCAUGCAAAUGGUUUAAAGAAUAUUUUAUAGUGAAAUACACUGGGUUUGAUGACACUGUGAUGCUAAAUGUUUUUCAGAGCUUUUUAACUUCACAUCCUUUUAUAUCUUCCUCCUCGCCACAUCCUUUUAUAUCUUCCUCCUCACCCAGUUCCCUACCUCCAGUUAACCUGCAGAUGAUGACUUUUGCCUUCAGCCACUCUGCUCAUCCAUUCCAUCAGGUGAGACCCAGAUCCUAGGGCUAGUCAAGAGUCCUAUGAUCUAUUCUUUCCUGCCUGGGGAGCCCACUCAGAACAUUUGUUUCCCCCUUUGGUGAGACUUUCAUUGGUAGGGAACAGGCCAGAUUCAAAUCCAGUGAAUUGGCCAACCCUUCCCAUGGGGUUCUAAUUCCCCAUGGCAACUUCCUUGAGCUGUAAAUAAUGCUGCCUACUGUAGGCGAGUGUGCGUAGUACAUGUGCCACAUAUCCACACAUACUUACUAUUCCCUGAGCUGCUUCUAUGCAAGGCAUUGCUUGGUAGUGUAUGUGCUCAGCAAGCUUGUAUUCCAUUGGUUUGACGCACAGUCCUGCCACUAGGUGUCACCCAAGAAAUGAGCCAGAGCUGCCCCCCCCCCAAGAUGUGCGAGUCUGCAGUGAUCAUUCAUCCUUAUCCUCCUCUUCUCACUCCCUACAGUAUCCAUUCUAUUAAUUGAAUACAGGUCAUCUAGGUCACCUCAAGGCUUCUUUUCUCUGUGCCAGUGGAAUGGGGUUGCAUUCUGUUGCAUUUUUAUGACUUGCUUGUUUACAUGUAUGCCUGUUAAUCAUGCUUUGCAGUACCAAGACUGCAUGAAAUUGUUAUUUUUGCCUUUGUUCAGUGAUCAUGCCUUUCAUUUUCUGUAUAAAAUGUGCAAAAUUGCAUGGAUGGAAAUAUCAUAAUAUAUAUAUAUAUAUAUAUAUAUAUAUAUAUAUAUAUAUAUAUAUAUAUAUAUAUAUAUAUAUAUGAGUCUACUUUUAUUAAUCGAAGUUACAUUUCAUUGACUAACAAAAGUAUGACCUGACUUUCGCUAAAGUGCACUUCAAUGAAAGUGCACUUUCGAGAAUUCCAGUUCACCGAACCGGCAAUAAAAGAUGAAAAAGAACACUUUAAAGUCUGUUUUGCAGGGGGGAAAGCACCCCUGCACCCCCACGCCCCUGCUACAUUGUAUAUACUAACUCCGAGAUCACACUACAGUGGGGAAACAGGUAUAUUCCUUUAUCCCCACUGUAGCAAAAUGGACUUUAAAGAGUCCUUUUUUUAUUUUUAUUUUCGGUUCGCUGAACCAGAAUUCACGAAAGUGCACUUCGACAGUCAGGUCAUACUUUUGUUAAGUCAAAGAAACUCAACUUCAUCUAAUAAAAGUAGACCCAUAUGUAGAUACGAGUCUACUUCAGAUCACUGAAAUCCCAUUUCACUGACUUUCAUUUCACUGAUACCAAAUCACCCAAAUUGUACAACACUGACAACUCAUUUUACUGACAAUUACAAUGCUAAAUUUCAAAAGACAAAAUGGGAAACCAUAGACAGACACACUCACAAAACUAAUGACUACCUCUUUCCACAACUAAAAGCUACUUACUUAUUCUAUUAACAGAAACCAAAUGGUAUCCCCAACUAUAUAUACUAACUCCAAGAUUGCACUAAGGGCAUAUACCUUUUACUUACUUUGCAGUACUCUACAUGCUGCUACUACUGCUGUGAAGUCUGUAGCUUACAAUUCAGUGAAAUGAGAUUCAGUGAAUUGAAUUUUCAGUAUUUUGAAAAUUAGGUGAUUUGGUCUCAGUGAAAUUAAUUUCAGUGAUCUUAAGUAGACUAAGACACACAUACAUAUACAUGCAUGUAUGUUUUGUGUGUGUGUGUAAGUCCACAUAUAUGGUUGUGAUCCAUUCUCAAAUGACCAGUGAGCAAAGGCAAUAGGGUUUACAGAUAGUUGGUACUCUAAUUAAAUGAUUACUAGUAUUAGCUGCAAAUUUCCACAUGAAAAGUGUGAACCACUUAGACUUGGAGAGGUCUGAAACAUUUGUAUGUCGGGGAUGUUAAAUGCCCAAGUAAUACUGUAAUGUUAUGGUAUGCUGUCUUGCAACUAUUAUCUUUCAUAAAAUCUUGCUUGGUUUUAAAAGUGGCAACACUACAGCUCUCUUUGUCAAGUUAUAAAAGCAUACCUCACUGUAAGUCUUAUUUUGCCGUUGUGGUACUAUGUUCUGUGACAACGCAAACAGUGGUAUACAGCCCAGUUACACAGGCGUACCUUGCCGUUAAAUGCAUUCCUUACAUAGGGCUAGUAGGGCUGUAAGGUCUGUUUGCUUAGGACUGUUAAGUUUCUAGUUUGUUUGCUUUUGCACCUUGUACUUUUUAUUGACCUUGUAUACUGUGUUUAUUGUUGUUCACUAGUAUCUUUCUUAUUUUAUAAUAGUUUGGUACCUUUAAGUGAUCUUUAGAGAUAAUUACUGCACAUUGUUAUCUGAGGUACCUCUCUAGGCUAUUCUCAGUGCUGAAAUGAACAGCUCUCAUUAUAGAGUCCGAAAAUUAAGUUUAAAAAAAAAAAACAGCUGUUAUGCCAGUUUGGUACUAUUUCCUCUAUAUAAGACGUAUCUCCAAAAUAAUCCUUAGUUAGGAUAGCAAGUAUCCUACACCAAUACAUUUUACAAGUCUUGGCUGAUACUGUGAAAAGCUUCACAGAAAGCACUGUGAGGAUGAAAGUCCCUUGUCUGUUCAUUGCCACUACAUAUAGAAUUAUUUCUUGCAGUUUAUAUGUGACCAGCCCAGCUUCAGCCAUUCCCGGAAAAGCACUAUAGGCCAUUCCUACAUGCUUCUUCUGAUGAAAUCUGUGUCCUGAUGGCAUCCUGUCAGACUGAUGCAUUCAGUCUGAUUGAAUUUUAGACCAUCCUGGCAUAAUCUGUCUUUUUUUUUUUUAUAUACAGAUUUUAUGUGACUAUUCAUGUGUGGUGCUAAUUAAAAAGAAAAAAAACCUUGGCUUCUUAUUGGAAAACUUGCAUUUUGUUUGGUUCUUUAGAAAUGUUAAGUGCUGGAUCUUAUUCGAUCUUAUUCGAUGCAGAGCUAAUGUCUUCGGUGGCAAUGUAAUAUGCCACUUAAACAGAUUUCUUGAACAUUGGCAGAUUUGUUAGCUUUAAACUGUUCCACUUUGUUCACAGCUUCUCACUCAGCUCAAUUGAUUUGAUAAACAUAUUCAUAGUUCUUAUCACUUCUGUUUUCCUUGCAACUUGCUUUCAUUUAACUUUAAUGACUUUUGAUAGAAACUUGAAUAUUUCCGCUAAACUAAUUAUCUUCACUAGACAGUUGUGUCCACUCUUAAGUGGCAUUCACUAAAAGUCUCAGGUUAAUCCAGCGGCUUUCUCUAUGAUUUUCUGUACAAUUUCUUGUUUAGAAUUCUGUUUACAGUCUGUAUCAUGAAGCUUCUUCCCUUUUUCCUGCAGCUUGCACCACUUUCACGUGCAGGGGCACAUAGUCAGGGUUUUUAGAAUUGUAAGCAAACUGGUGGGGGAGGGAAAGCCCCCCCCCCCCAAGUUGUAGGCCAUGAAAUUCACAUUUUUGAAGAUUAUAGCUUUUUCACUGUAAAAAAGAUAGGCUUAAAAAAGCCAGUAGUGUAGCACAUAUUGCACAAAAAAUUAUAUUAAACUGUUCUCACCAUUGCAUAUUUUGUAUGACUGGCUGCAUCCAUGUUCACACAUCUAUUUGUAGAGCAAGUAAUUUCACAGAAAAUAUGUUUUUCUCAUGUUAUACACUGAGUUAUUUUUGAUUCCUGCAGACAUGAAAUUUGCAGUUCAUCUUUUUGUUCUGUUGAUGUAUUGUAUUCCUUCACUUUUUGGUCUCACAGACACUUGCCAGCACUCCACGGGCUUCUUUUGUAUUUGAUAAAUGGGGUCAAGCACUGGUCUACAUGGACAUUUUUCAUACUUCUUGGUUAAUGUUAAACCUGCCACUGACAUUUUUAUGACUGUUUCUUUGUCUACAGUUGCAUAGAUAUACUUUCAGAAGAAAACAGUCUGUCUAGUUCAUUUGAUUUAUGCAGUGUACUCUACAGCUGUCCUUCAAAAUUUUCCAUCCAUCCUACACCCUUCUGGUGGAAUCACUUGACCUGUUCUUUACCAUAUAUUCUGGCAAGCUAAUCCUACUAUCCACAUCAUUCUCAGAAGUAAUAGUCCCCUGUAUUCAGAAUGAAGUUAGUUAUCUUAAUCUGAGCUUUAUGGCCUCUUCUGACUUGUCUUUCUUUAUUAGCUGUUUCUUUGCAGUCCCUUUUAAUUAUUUUGCAUAUUUUAAUUUUUUUCCACCUAACUUCUGUUGACAAGAGUCCAAUCAUUAUACAUAUCUCCUCAUAGUCUUGGCCAUACAUCCAUUCAUGUGUGUCAUCCUUAUGGCCUUUUCUCUAUUUUCUAUCAUUUAUUUUUUUAUUUUUGUUUAAAUGUUGUGGUUCUGGGUACAUAGCAAUUUCUUUUUAAAGUGGUGUGUGUUUUUCCACUGGACACUGUUUUGGUUUAUUUUUUUUUUCUUUCUGUGAUGAUCUUUUGUUUGUCUCUAACCAUCUUCCUGGGGUAGGAUAGUGUCUCUUCCUAAGAUCCUUUGUCAUUCAACAGUUUUAUUUGUUAUGGUCUUUGAGAGUCUGAAAAGGAUUGCCUUCUUGGAGAAUUUACACAUUCUCUACCAUCUGAAGGUUCUGCUGGGAAUGGUAUGCCUUGUAUUUCAGGACCAUAGCAGGUACAGAAGCUUAGCUAAGGAGGGGAGUGAAGGGGGCAGCUGUUAUGGGUGCAGGAUGUUAAGGGAGCGCAAUCAGCAGUUGCCAGUAUGGGACUUUACUGCUGUACCUGCAUUCAAAAAUGAAUGCUGAUACUGAAACAUUGAAGCACUUUAUGGGUUGUAGGUGACAUAGAAAUAGCAACUGUAGCAAAGUACAACUACUUGCCACAAUUAUUAUACUGUAGCAAACUACAACCACUUGCUACAGUUUCAAACAGAAGAGUGUUUUUUUGGGUUGCUUAACUUAGAGUUGAAGGGUGUCAGAUCGAGCGCACUGGCACCAGAUACCAAAAUAACCUUGUUACGUCUCUGAUCAUCUCUGUUUAAUUCCUUACCUUAUUAAGGUGGGUUAAUAUGUAUGUUUCCUGUUGGGUGUCUUGUCUUUCACUUUGGCUGGUAUAGAAUCUACCCAUUUCCAUGGAUAUAUUUGGUAGAAUUUAGCCAGGAAGUGGCCACAGACCCAUACUUUCAUUUUAAUGCUUCUUCAUAGACCUCACAUGACACAUACACACACCCCUUCCAUUUCCUGAUAACAAAAUUCACCACACUUACCGAUUGCUUCUUUCUGUCUGAACCCAGUUUUGCCCUUCACUGGCAGGGUCUUUGGCUUCCUGCAGGAUAUACUACAUGCUGGCUGAGAAGCAAAGAGCAGAAGUAAUGCACUGGGCAACAAUGUGAGGUUGUCAUCCUGACUGCGUCUUUAAUUGUGCCAAGUGCAUUCAAGGAUGCAGAAGUGCACUUACCUUGUAACCUACACUCCCUUGACUCCUGAUAAUGUGCAGUAUUGGGUUCCCCAAGUAUCAUGCAGGCUUCUCUUGACUUCUCUGCCUUCCUUAAGGAAAUAAGAGCAGAUGAAUCACUGCUGGUUGUCUUUCCCUUUCUCGGUUACAAUCCCAAGCUCAAUUCCAAAGGCAGGUAGAGGCAGUGCAAAUGGAUACCAUACUUUUUCACUUCUAAUUGACUAUUACAUUCUUAACACCACAGAACCUCAGUGUGUUGUUUUUAGCUAUGCCUGUUCAGUUCAGUUGCAUUCCUCUUUCAUCAUUUUGUGGUGCUGUUAGUUCCCCUGCAUGUGCUGAUUCUCCAUUUAUAGUAAAAGGCAUGGUGUCCCUACUUGUUUCUUUUAUUACGUUCGUUUACAAACACUGAGGGUGGAAAACUUAGAGACCUUUGUUUUCCUUGUUAUACUGUCUGCAUUGUGUAUGAUCUUUGCCGAAAGCAGGGUUCUGUGUAGACCUGAAUGGCCUUUUACCAUCCUUGUCUUUUGUUGCAUCGAGCUUCCCUCUGACAGUUUCUUGACUAAGCCUGAAACAAACAAAACCAGUUAAGUUAGGUGGACCCCAUAACUGCUUCUUACUAUAUAUUACUGACUGGGAAAUAGGUGUCUAUUUUGAGCAUCGUUUAGUGCCUUCCCAUCUGUUUGUUUCUGUAUCAAAAGAAUCUUGGCAUCACACCUUAGAAGUUUAAUUAGUUGCUUUGAUAGAGAAAAGUAGAGAGUCUCUCUCAUUCCAGCUUACAAUAUGUCAGUAGUAAACUUUGGUGUUUAGAAACCAUCUGAAUGUAGAUGCGGUAACAUCCUAGUAGUAGUCUAACGAAUGAGAGUUCACAGAUUGAUGCAGGCUUUAUUGAGUAAAGCCUGGCUGGUUGCAAAUCAGAAGCAUUUGCUUAGGGAAGUGCCUGGUAUCCUUUUCUGCAAAUGUGGGAAGAAAUAGAGAACUCCUCCUUCAAACCAGGGGUCACAUAGGUUGGCAGAGCUUCCAGUGGCAUUCAUUUACCCAAGGAAAGAAACCCCUGGGAAUGUGGAAAUAUGUAACGCGGUUCAACAGUGGAAAGCAGGUGGAGGACUAACUUUAUUCAUGGUAGAUUUUUUUGCCAUUGUUUGACAUGGUCAUAUUUCAGUUUCUGAUAGUCUUUAUUUGCAAAGUUUUUGUUUAAACAACUUCAAAAUGUCUAAGCCUUUGACACUGUCCACCACUUCUUGCAAACUGUAAUUGGGGAAAGGGCAUAGCAGAUAUUUUUAGCAAAGUUAGCACUGGGUGAUCAUGAAGUGAUACCAUUACAUAUAAGCAGCUGUCCCAUUUCAUCAGUUACUGGUCAUGUAGAACCUUGCUGAUAGGUAACUGAACUAGCUGAAACAGUCUUUGACAUUAAUUUUGUAUGGUUUCAUGUGGCGGUACUCUUAAAAAUGCAAUAUCCUUUUCAUAAAUCGGUUAAGUACCUUUUCAUAAUUGAAAAAAGUAUGUAAAAUAUAGGAGCACACUAAGGGGAAUAUUUUGUGUUUUACUUAAAACAAUCGGAAGAUUGUAGAUUGGUUACUUUUUAUGUAACUUGUAUGUUCUAGCAGUGUUGAAAUAAUUUGUACCAUUGCUGUUUAUGUAUAAACUUGUGAGUGUUGACAAGGUGAUAAAAAUGACCUAGUUUACUUGAAUGCUUCUGUAACAUAUUAAGAUUUAUUGAACCAACCUUUGCUGAGGAGACGGUGAUUAUCUGCUUUUGUCAGUAAGGGAAAACACGUCUGUCUUAAUUUUUUUUUUUUUUUUUUGAAAUUAUGUAGUCUGUUCUGUAUAACUAGAACACUUAAACAGAAAUAAAAAUUUGCUCUACAGUG